CGUAAGGCGCGUCGCGUGCUGCUGCCGGGGGCUCGCGAGUGGCGGCAGCAGCAGCGCGUGUUGAUAAGGAGCAGAGCUGCGUGGAGCCUGCCACAGAGGGGCUUUGACAGCGCGCAAAGUUGCUUACCAGAAGAGAGAGAGGGAGGGAAGGUGGGCUGUUCCAACGGGAGAUUUACGCACAGGGUUCGCUCCCGACGGUGGCACCUGUAGGAAGCGGCUAAGCAACUUUCUGCCAGUCGCGGAGGUUUGCCUUACAAACUUUGGCAUCUCUGCACAUCCCAUCCCCGCGGAGGCUGAGCCCCGGGUCGAUGUCCCAAGAUGAACGGCGGGGCAGCAGCCACGGUCGUGCAACCGGCAGCCCCCGCCGCGUGUGCGAGUUACCCGUUGCACGGCUGCAGUGGCUCCUUGGGGCUCAAGCUGCCAGCGGGGCAGCACCACCAGUGGGGCGCCGCGAAGACCUGCGGCGGCCCGCCGGGAACUCAGCCGUCUUCCUCCGCGGUACGCUGUAAGGGUUCUAAGCGGCGCUCGAGCUCGCCGGAGCUGCUGCGGUGCAAGAGGCGCUUGGCCUUCCCCGGCUUGGCGGGCGGCGGGGGAGGCGCGGCGGCGGUGGCGAGGCGCAACGAGCGGGAGAGGAACCGCGUCAAGCUGGUCAACCUGGGCUUCCAGACGCUGCGCCAACACGUGCCCAACGGCGCCGCGGCCAAGAAGAUGAGCAAAGUGGAGACACUGCGCUCUGCCGUGGAGUACAUCCGCGCCCUGCAGCAGCUGCUGGACGAGCACGACGCCGUCAGCGCCGCCUUCUCGGACGGGCUGCUGCCGCCCAGCCGCAUGCCCGGCGCCCCCUGCCCCAGCGGCAGCAGCUCCUAUUCCUCCGCCUCGCCCUCCUUCGACGGCCGCGAGGGCAGCUCGGUGCCCGGUUCGCCACGCUCGGUCUACUCCUCGGACGAGAGCGGCUACGAGGGGGCGCUCAGUCCCGAGGAGCAGGAGCUGCUCGAUUUCACCAGCUGGUUUGGGAGCUACUGACCCCGACCCCCGGCAGCAACACUGAAAGCAAUGCUGUGUAGGACCUCAGUACCUCAUUGUCCCAGGCGGCUGUUAAGAUGCAGCAGAAGAGUAACGAAGACUCUUAAUUUAACAUGCUUCCUGUUUUCCUCGAGCCUCAUUGCAAAGGGUUUUUUUUAAAAAAAAGGUCAGAUCUGUCUGACAUUGAUGUUUCCAGGUUCUUCCACUGAGCAAAAGACUGGUGGUUCGUGAUCAUUGUCUCUUUCUUUCUCUCUUUUUAAAAAAGUGCAAUUAUGUAAAUAGAUAUUAGGGACCAAAAUUUUAACCUGCUGUUGUACAGUAGUUUAUGGUACCCUCUGACUCUUGAAUUACCAAUGAAAAGGCUUGUUUCUGAUUCCAGUGGCAAACUGAGAUGAAAUGGACUUCCACUCUCAAUAUACGUGUACUUUUUAAUGGGAAGGGGUGAAACAAUUUAAACCUGAUGCUUCCUUUUUUUAAAUGGAAAGGGAAUUUUUGUAAUAUCAAAAUUAGACUUUAUUAUAUGUAACUUGAACUGCCUGUGGGGACACUGUUAAUAUGAAGACUUAUUUUUGUAUAAAAAUCUAUAGAAAUUGUAAGUGGAAAGGUUUGUAGAAGUCCAUCCCAUCUUUGGCUUCUUAACUAUGCCGCUUAGGAUGUUUGAGAACUUACACAACUUAGAUAAAAAGUUUCCUAACAUUUUCUACUAAAAGAGUAUAAAACUGUUUAUCUCGAAUAUGGUGUCCACAUGUUUGUUUGGUGUCUGGUGUGAAGGUUCAUUUGUUUGAGGAAAAAGCACCCUGAAGUUUUAUUUUUAAUGUAUUGAAGGUAUUUUUGUAUGCACUUGCUAGGAUUUAUCAAGUUGUAUAUAUGCAGUUUUUAAAGAGUAUCCUAUUUUAUGUAAAUUGACUUUAUAAAUAAAAUCUAUUUAUAAAUA